GGAACUCGUUGUGUACCAGUAGCGCAUUGGGUGCUGUGGUAGCUUCAACCAUAAAAUUGGUUUAUACCAGUUCUCUCGUUAUAUUUUACUACAAUAUUCAAAACGUCGUACGCAAUGAGAGGAGACCGCGGCAGAGGCCGAGGGGGCCGCUUUGGGGGCCGUGGAGGAUUGGUUCAGGGAUAUCGGCCAUUUGUCCCACACAUCCCAUUUGAUUUUUAUGUGUGUGAGAUGGCAUUUCCCAGAGUAAAGCCUAUGCCUGAUGAAACUGCUUUCAGCGAAUGUCUCCUGAAGAGAAACCAGGACCUGAGCCCCACACCUGCAGAGCAGUCCUCCAUCUUAUCUUUAGUCACAAAGAUCAAUAAUGUCAUCGACAACCUGAUUGUAGCACCUGGGAACUUCGAAGUGCAAAUUGAAGAGGUCCGUCAGGUUGGCUCAUACAAGAAGGGCACUAUGACGACAGGACAUAAUGUUGCUGACUUGGUUGUCAUCCUAAAGAUCCUCCCAACAUUGGAGGCAGUAGCUGCUCUUGGAAACAAAGUUGUGGAGACCCUUCGCACCCAGGACCCCACAGAAGUGCUGUCCAUGCUGACCAAUGAGACGGGCUUUGAGAUUAGUUCAGCUGAUGCCACUGUUAAGAUUCUCAUCACCACUGUACCACCGAAUCUCCGCAAACUUGACCCAGAACUGCACUUGGACAUCAAGGUGCUACAGAGUGCCCUUGCUGCAAUCCGCCAUGCGCGCUGGUUUGAAGAGAAUGCUUCUCAGUCAACAGUCAAGGUAUUGAUCCGCCUCCUGAAAGAUCUAAGGGCUCGUUUCCCUGGUUUUGAGCCUCUGACUCCAUGGAUUCUGGACCUACUCGGUCAUUCUGCUGUGAUGAACAACCCAUCCAGGCAACCUCUGUCUCUGAAUGUAGCCUACAGGCGUUGCCUUCAGAUGUUGGCUGCUGGUCUCUUUCUUCCUGGCUCUGUGGGAAUUACUGACCCCUGUGAAAGUGGGAACUUUAGGGUGCAUACAGUCAUGACACUGGAACAGCAGGACAUGGUGUGUUUCACUGCCCAGACAUUAGUGAGGGUACUUUCUCAUGGAGGAUACAGAAAGAUCCUUGGCAUGGAGGGAGAUGCCAGCUACUUGGCCAUAGAAAUGUCUACAUGGGAUGGAGUAAUUGUCACUCCAUCUGAAAAGGCGUAUGAGAAACCCCCAGAAAGAAAAGAAGAAGAGGAUGAAGGCCUGGAAGAAGGAGGAGAUGGAGAAGAUGAGAGCAUGGAGACACAGGAGUAGGAAGAUCUUAAGGAUGAUGUGGGGUACACUGAGGAACCUAUCAGAGAAGCUCCCUUGGAAGCCAGAAUUUCCCAAAAAUUGAACUGUAUUGUCUUUUAAUUACUGAGAGGUUUUCUUUCCCUUGAUUUGGUUUUAUAUUUGUCUUUUUAAAAGUUGAAUAAACAUGUUUUCAGAUUGA